AUGGCUGUUGGGUGUGGAGUGGUGCGGGGGUUUGGGUGGGUGACGGACUGGUGGGAGUCAUCUUUUGUGGGUGAGAGCUCUAAGCUCAAGAAAGUGAACGGAUGUCUGCCACGGAGUCAAGAUCGGCCUGUUUUGGUUAUCUCUCCGGAAUCUGUCCACGAAGAUAUCGCUUAUUGGAGCCAACAUGUUUUGAUCUGCAAGUUCUUGGGUAUUCGGAUUCCUCUCUCGGCAUUAGAAUCUUGGAUCCGUCGAACCUGGCAUGUUGAGGGGGAUUUUGAUUUAUUGGUAGCUGCAAAUGGCUAUUUCAUGGUCGAUUUUUCUAGUAUCUCGGACCGUAAUCGUGUUUUUGAAGGAGGGCCAUAUUUUUACAAUCAUGUUGGCUUGUUCAUUAAGCCCUGGCAUAGUGGUUUUAAUGCGACAGAAGAUCUUCCUACUCGGGUUCCUGUUUGGGUGCGUCUUCCAUGGCUGCCGUUGGAGUUUUGGAGAGAGGAUAUUCUGCUUCGGAUUGCUGCUCUGUUGGGGAAACCGGCUGCCAUUGCUCAUAAUACUUUGGAGAAAAAGGUAUUUUCUUAUGCUCGCAUCUGCGUUGAAAUUGACUUAAAUAAUCCUUUGCCAGACUCUUUGGAAAUUUUUAUUGGCUCGGCUUCGUGGAUUCAACUGCUUGAUUAUGAGUCCCUCCCUUUUCGUUGCCGCUUCUGUCAUGAGUAUGGACACCUUCAGCGCCAGUGUCCUCGGGCACCCAAAGUUGCUGGGGUGUCUUCUUCUCCUUCUUCUGGGCCCUCGGUGGAGAAAGGGGAUAAAGGGAAGGAAUCUGGGGUUGAGGGUGGGCCUGAUAAGGAUGGCUUUAUCCCUGUUAAGCAGAGAAAUAAAGGGAGGGGGCACAAGCGGGCCUUUAAGGAUAGUCAGAAUGAUCAGGGUUUCAAUCGGUUUGAGGUCCUGGAUAAUCAGGCUGUGGAGGAAGGGAUUCCUAUUGAGCUUUCUGCUGGGGCCUCUGGUAUGGAUGUUGGGAUGGAUACAGGGCUGGAGAAAGUGAUUGUUGUGCAGAAUUCAUCUUCGGCAUUGGUGCAGGGGAGUUCGGAGCCUCCUGGGGCCUCUGUAGAUGUGCAGGAUGAUAUUGUUUUAGCAGAUUUGGCUAAGGCAGAAACUAAGCUUAUGGUGGAUCUCAUGUUUCAACAUGCUCCUCGUAUUUGGUUUUCUGGCCAGUGUCAGUGUAUUGGAUCUAGGGGAACCUCUGGGGGUCUGGCUCUUUUCUGGGAUCCUCGUAAGCUUUGGGCUCAUAUCAGGUAUGUUAGGUCCUAUGCUCCCUUUCUACCUUGGAUUUUAGCUGGUGACUUCAAUGCUGUGUUGAGCUUGGAGGAGAAAAGGGGAGGGCUGCCUAGGCUUGGCCCUGCUGCAGAUAUGUUUCGGACUAAUGUGGACUCUCUAGCAUUGAUGGAUGUAAAACCCUCUAAUGGAAUUUUCACUUGGAAUAAUAGACAGAGUGGGCCUGAAGCGAUUGCCCAGCGGCUUGAUCGUUUCCUUGUCUCUUGCUCUUGGGUUAGAGGUAGCUUGGUGAUUUGCUCUGAGAUUCUUGACUGGCGUGGCUCUGAUCAUUGGCCAAUUAAGUUUUCGACUUCAGCUUUUCCAAAUCCUAAGAACCCCCCUUUCAAAUUCCAGCUCAUGUGGUUGCGUGAUCCGUCUUUAGGUGAUCUUGUGGCUCAAUGGUGGCGGGAUGACGCCCCUACCUUUGGUACAUCUAUGUAUUCUCUGGUUAAGAAGUUGCAAUAUGUUAAGUUUCAUCUUAAGCGAUGGAAUAGGUUGAGUUUUGGUAAUUUUCGGGCUAGGAAAAGAGAAGCGCUGGACUGCCUUGCUGUGAUUACCCGUCAGAUUCGAGAUUUGGGCUUCUCGGAGGCUCUUGGGCAUGCUGAAUCCCAGGCUCUGAAAUUGGUGGAAGAGUGGGAGCUCCGUGAAGAGAUUUUCUGGAAACAAAAGGCUAGGAUUGAUUGGCUUCAAGAGGGUGAUCGGAAUACGGCCUUUUUCCAUUAUUCUGUUCAAGCUCAUCGAAAUAAGUGCUUUAUCUCUUCUCUUGUUAACUCUGAGGGUAUUUCAAUCUUUGCUCAACAUGCUCUGUCUAGAGAGGCUCGUCAGUACUACUCUAAUCUUUUCACUGAGGAUUCUGUACCUGCUGAGGCUGAUGAAAAUAGAGUCCUUGCUUGUAUUCCUUCUUUAAUUUCUAAUGAGGUGAAUGCUUCUCUUAUUUGCCCGGUGACUCUGUCUGAAGUGGAGGAGGAUUUGUUAGAGGUGGUUUGUGAGUCUCUUCAUAGUAAGCAGAUGCUUCGCGCCUUGAAUGCUACUUUUCUGGUUCUCAUUCCUAAGAAGGAAGGUGCUGACAAACUUGAUCUCUUUAGACCUAUUGCACUCUGUAAUGUGGCGUAUAAGAUUAUUACGAAGUUGAUGGCUGAGAGACUCAAAUCUUGUUUGCCAAUGAUUAUUUCUGAGGAGCAAGGCGGCUUUGUGGCUGGGCGGCAAAUUCUGGAUGGGGUGGUGGUUGCGUCUGAAGCCAUUCAUUCCAUGGCUACUUCUCAGGAGAGGUCUAUGUUUAUCAAGUUGGAUAUGGCCAAAGCCUAUGACAGAGUUAAAUGGAGUUUUCUUCAGAAGAUUCUGUUGGCCUUUGGUUUUUCCUCUGAUUGGGUGAGUUGGGUGUUGAGUUGUGUGACUUCUUCCUCCUUUUCGGUUAUUAUGAAUGGGGAGCCUUCUGAGCUUUUUGGGGCUACUAGGGGUCUUCGUCAGGGGGAUCCACUCUCUCCUUAUUUGUUUAUUAUUCUGGCUGAGGGGCUUGGCCGUCUUCUUAAAUCUCAGGUUUCUCAUGGCUUGAUUCAUGGUUGGCAGUGGGGGAUGGGCUUGCCUACACUUUCUCAUCUCCAAUUCGUGGAUGAUACCUCUCUUAUGGGUCUGGCUCGUAUUAGGGAGGCUGAUUCCUUCAGGAAAACUUUGGACAUCUUCCUUGCGGCUUCGGGCCAGAGAGUCAAUGAGCAAAAAUCUUCUUGGCAGCAGUUGCUUGAUAAGCUUAGGAGAAAGGUUUCUCAUUGGACCCAUCGUUGGUUGUCUUCUGUAGCUAGAUUGACUCUUCUUAAGUCUGUCAUCCAGGCCCUUCCCAUCUACAGGUGCUUUGUUCAAGUGGCUCCUAUGUAUUUCCUUAAGGAAUUUGAUGCUCUUUCUCGUCAAUUUCUUUGGAGCGGUUCACAGGCUCUUUUUUGGUUAGAUUCCUGGGAUGGUCACCCUCCUAUUCUUUCUUCUUUUCCUCAUCUCCAGCCUCUGUCUGAGGUUUUUAGCGCAGCUGGCUGGGAUACUGUGGAGCAUUAUAAGGUGGCACAACAUGAUGGUUUGGUUCUUCGGUUUCAUUGGAAGCACCCUUUGGAGUGGCCUCCAGGAGGGUUUGAGGGGGAUAGGCGUGAGCUUUCCCAACUUUUGGCUUCCCGUGCUUGUAAUUCUUUGAGAGGAACUGAUGUUUUGGCUUGGGAUGGUUCAGACUUGUCUGGAAAGUACUCUGUGGUUGCUGGUUAUAAACAGAUUGGUAGGCAGUUGUUUGGGGACAUUGAGGUCCCUUGGUGGAAGCAUGUUUGGCACAAGUUGUCAUGGCCCAAGUGCAACUUCUUUAUGUGGUUAGUGGCCCAAAAUCGGUGUCUCACUUGGGAUAAUUUAUGUAAGCGUGGUUUUCAAAGCCCUUCUAUGUGUGUUUUGUGUCAAGGCUGUGAAGAGAGUGUAUCCCAUAUCUUCUUCCAAUGCUCCUAUGCUAGGGAGAUUUGGCACUUCUGGUGGGGAGUGUGGAAUACGACCUGCUGGCAUGUUUCCUCUUUGGUGGAAUUUUGGGAACGAUGGGGAAGGGCCCCUGUUUCUACUUCCUUUCUCCAAGCUGCUUGGGCCAUUGGGCCUUCCUUUAUUAUCUGGAAUCUUUGGUUGGAGAGGAAUAGGCGGAUCUUUCAAGAUUUGCAGCUGAUGGCUCCUCACCUUUGGAGGAAAAUUUUACACUCCUUAGGGGAAACUAUUGUGGCUAAGUGUGAUAUGACUAUGCGGGUGGACCCUCGGGAUGUUGAUUGUUGUAAUCGCCUUCAUCUUCCUCCUCCGCAACGACAACUCAUGCGUAACAGGUGUAGGCAUCCUACCCCAAAGGUGAAUAGGGAGGGAAGAUGGUCCCCUCCUCCCUUGGGAGUCCUAAAAAUCAACUCGGAUGGCUCUUCUCGUGGUAAUCCUGGUCAUGCUGGCAUUGGAGGUGUGGGCCGUGAUAGCUCAGGGGAUGUUCAGUUUAUUUUCUCUGAGUAUAAGGGUCUUCAUACGAAUAAUCUUAUGGAGGCUCAGGCUAUUUUAGUGGCUAUGGAGUGGGCCAAUCAGUUGGGUUGGCGAAGGAUCAUAUGUGAGUCUGACUCCCAGGUUGUGGUGAACUUACUGAAAAGGCAGUAUAUGGAUAAUGUGAGCUGGCAGCUGGCCUUGAUUGUUGAACAAAUUCUCACUCUCUGUGCAUCUCUGGAGCAUGUUACUUUCAACCAUAUUCCCCGUGAAUGGAAUGGUGUGGCUGAUUGCUUGGCUAAAUGGGCUUCCGAUCAUAUGCAUGAUUGGAAUUUGGUGGAUCGGGGCCAUCUGUCCCCGGAUUUGUCUCAUCAAUUGGAUCACUUGGUUGAUCUUGAUAGGGCCAUUUAA